GUAUUUCUCAGCAGUAAAUGCUUGUGUUAUUGAUUUUUCUUUACAUCUAAUGCUUUGCAAGUAAACAGCAUAUCGUCCCUCAAUACCAUUUGCUUGUUUCAUGAUAUUUUGAAUUUUGUUCGAAGCGGAAAAAUCUCAUAGAUCAAAAUUCAGCACAAUAAAUUUUAUCAAUACAAUUAACAAACUAAUACAAUUAACAAAGGAAGGAUAAUUUUUGGCGUGUUAUGUGACCCUCAAUGAAACCGGACGACUGAUCACAAUAAAACGAAGAACAAAUGACGGGAAGCUUUAGAGUACAGCUAGUCAAUAUGGGCACCAGAGGAGCGGCAUUUCAAGCGAAAUUGCGUUGCUUGCACGAAUACCACGUUCGUCUUCUCAGCAAUCAAAUUCCUGUACCAUUAGGAUCCGAUAUAGGAAAUACAAUAAAAUAUUUCUCGCAAACAUUGCUCACCGUUCUAAAAGAUGUGCCAUGUUCGCCACUAGAAAUGAUCAAAGAUCCAAAACAGGAUCGAGCACGAAUGGCCAGCUACCCGAAUCUUGAAUAUCAAAACCUAUACAAUGCUCUUGCUAUGCUUCUAGACGUUGCUUCAAAUAUUCAGAAUGGACUUUAUUUAUUCGGCAAAGCGUUUUUGCAGAGCCUUGGCUGUAUUUUACCGUUUCUAGAUAAGGAUCUCAUUGAUAAUCUUCCUUACCUCGCAGCGUCUAGUAUGUCCGUAUUGCCAUCUUCCCUUCAUCAGGAUAUAAUAAAUUAUUUAUGUUAUUACAUACUCCCAUUCACAAUUACACGCCAGAGCAAUGAUGAUCAGGAAUGUCACGCAUGUCAAUCAGUAUCUGCCGUUAUUAUGCUAGUGUUUCAAUACUCUAGUAAUCCUGCCCAUCAUUGUCAAUUGCUGGAGUCCUUAAUGAGAUUAAAACAUAAUGUUGUAAAAGAUUUGCUAUGUGUGAUUGCAUAUGGAACAUCAACGAGUCGCGCCUCAGCUGCAAAAUUAUUGUUUUAUUAUUGGCCUGCCUUUGAUCCAAAUUUAUUCGAUCGAAGGGGGCUUUUAUGCAAGUUUAGCAACAAUUUGAUUCCUUUUGUGUGUCAACGGGAGUCUUGUCCAAAUUCUGGUAAUGCGGAAGCCGUAAAAGUGUGCUAUAAUCAUUGCAUUAGCGUAUUGUAUGCUGUUGAUUCUCCACCGCCGCUGUAUUUGUGCAUAGAAUGCGCUAAUGAGAUACAUAGAGAUCAUCCAGACCUUUCAUUUGGAGAUAUUCUGCAUCCUAUGCAACAAGUGUCCAUGAUAUGUGAAAACAAAAAUUGCAGAUCCACUGACAAAUCAGCAAUCUCUAUAUGUUUUUCAAGUGAAUGUGCUAGUUAUAAUGGUAACCAUCCGAUCAGAUAUUGCGCCCAAUGUCAUGGCAAUCGUCACAAUAACAGACGUGGUAUAGACCAUAUUGUUCACCGAAGUCUACCACCUAUGAUGAUUAUGGAUGCUGAAAUGCAAACAUAUAUGGUCGAAGCAGUCAUUAGUCUACUUAGAGAGGCCAAACCACUAAAUUUAGAUUUUGGUAGAGAAUUGUCCAGUACUUCCAAAACAAUAAGCAAUGGCACUCAAGACAUGUUAACACUUGAAGAUCGUCAAUUGCUAGGUCGUUAUGGAAUAUGGUUACUAGUAGGUAGAUGUAAGCCGACAGGGGAUACUCCAGUUGAAAUUCUUGGUCGUUUAUUAUCUAUGCUAUUCCAUUGGUUUCAUGUCACAGCAUAUUCGUACAAUGGUCAAAUAGAAAGUACUCUUGAAAAACUAAAACUCGAUCACGUUUGUGAAUGGCUUAAAGAUGUUUGUAAAAGUCAUUAUAAGGAAUUCAUUGAUUGUUUACUGCCUCAUCCACCAGAGUAUGCCAGAGUGGGAGGGCAUUGGGAUUCUCUAGCAUCUCGAACAUCGCAUUUGAAAGAAGGUUUACAAAGAUUAAUUUGCCUAAUUCCAUACGAGAUUAUAACCGAAAAAAUUUGGAAUACAAUUAUGCCCCAUUGGAUGGAAGCAGUGACUAAUGACGUACCCGAAAAAGAACUGCCUGAAUUAAAAGUUGUACUUAAAAAGAUACUAGAUCCCGAAAUGUCACCUUUAGGGUUAAAUGCAGAGGCAAUGUACAGUUUUGUUUCGAUUCGCUUCGAAAAGACAACCGCAAAAGUGCAGCAACAAGCUUUGCACUGGUUACAAAAUUUAACUAAACUAGAGAUUUUGGUUCCGUUACCACAAUUAUUUUUAAUGUUUGGUAAUGGCGUUAGAAUUAUGAAGCAUGAAAUGCAAACCGAGAAUCGAAAAGAUACAAAUGGAAAAAACAGUACUAAAGCGAGCAAAGAUAAGGAUAUAUUAACACCACAUAGAAGCUCAAUUUCGCCAGUAGUGGAAGAUGAUUCUGGGAACACUUCUGCAAUAUCAGACGAUGAAGUACCUAUAUCACGACAUACAGAAUUCACAAGUGAUGCUGAGCAUAACUUAACAUGUUGCAUUCUAAUGCUGGAUAUAUUAAAAAAACAGAUGGAACUGCAGGAUGUUGAACAGCAUUGUGGAAUUUAUACAACAGUGUCGGAAAGUGUAUGCCGUCUUCUAAAAUGCAUGGUAACAGCCGCCAAAGUCGGGCUUGGUAAUCACAUUUGCUUGUCAAAGGAAUGUGGAUACUGCGAAGCAUCGGUGAUGUGGCAUCAGUUAUCAACCAAACUUGUACAAUAUCUUGCACCGUUGGAGGCAAUUCGCCAACCUGACCAUGCCCUGCUGGAAAUAAUUGAAGAUGAUAAACCAUCCCGAAAGAGCCCACCAGAACCGGAAAAGGAAACCAAACACCGAGAAAAGGACGCUUCUCUGUCUAUAACCCCAUUACCCAUACCUCUUGGUCCAUUAGUCGUACCUUCUAUUCUUGAUGAACUAGGAAAAAUUAUGAUAAUGGCAGGACCAGUCCCAGUAGCGGUUUCUCAACCCGAACCUCACUCGGUUGGUGGUGUACUGGUACAUAUGCCGCAUGUUUGCUCUAUAAUGACAGCAACUGUAGAAACAGUAAGCGAACAAUUAGACUUAGCUGCCAUCAUCCCUUCCGAAAAAAUCGUAACCGCAGUAGCGAGAUCAGUUACACUAUCCGAUGCAGAUGUAGCAACUGCCACAGUUCACAUUGCAAGGCCUACUGUUGUGGAUGAAACUCAGGGUUUCGACGAAUCAGUGUAUCCUGAUAUACAUAGUGAUAUCAACGACGAAGAAAACUUUUGGCACACAUCUGUAGGAAAAUUCAAGUUUUCUAUUGAAAAAUUGCCACAGCCCCUGCAAUACAUACAUCAACUGCUGAAGGAAAUACCAACAAUAGAGAAACCAGAUAUAUUAUAUUACACUUUACAAUGUUUGAAGGUAAUGGUUCUACAUGGAGAUGCCUUUUCUAAGGCUGCCAAAGAUGAUCGAGGAUUCUUUAUCUGGUGUCAAGAAAAUUUAUUAAUCAAAAAUUUAUGGGAUGUAUGUAAUGCUGAGCAUUCGCAUAUAUGUGAAGUUUCGGUUGCGGUGUUACUACACAGUAUCACUUUACCACUAGGUUCAGAUGUAUUUUGGAAUGUAGUUCAAGAAGCCUUCCGUGACAGUGAUUGGCGAGUUAGAUUUCAAGCGGUUGAGCGUGUAACGGCUAUAACCAGAUUCAUGGACUCAACACCUCUUCGUGCAGAGAUAAACUUACAAGCCUCGCUUGCAGCUGCAUUUUGUCACCUUAUUGCCGCUUGCGAUGAUAUUAAUGUUCAUGUGGCUCAGCGAGCAACGUUAUAUCUUGGAACUAUUCACGACAAAGCUAUCCAAGCUCUUAUAUAUUGUUUGGAAUCUCAAUUCGAUAUGUUCAUCGUAGAUAGACCAGUUGUGCUGCAAUCGAUUUAUCAACUUCACAAUAUGCUGUCAGACCGAAAAGUACUGACUUGGAAUUUUUUUCUAAACCGUUUCGAUACACUUUUUGUAGAGGCUCAAGUUAACCUCGAAAAGAGCGGUGAUAUUUCCCAUAUGCGUGAUUUAAGAAACUCCGAGAAUGGUAGUGAAACAUUGUCAAAUAAAAUAAAUAAAGCUAGAGAAGCACUUAGUCAUUCUGAUACAUCUGGUAGUAUGUCUAAAACAUUAAGUGCAUCAUUCGGAAUAAAAUGGCCAUACAAACGCACAAUGUCUGCUCCUGCAACAAUAAUUUCUCGACAGGAAUCAAAAAUCGAGAAAGAAAAAGUAUACAAUCGACAGGUAUCAGCUCCCAUUCUAAAAAGGAAGAGCUCCCGCUUCGGGAUAGAUGGACACAUUCAUUCAAUCAGUGGAACAGGAGACGAUUUUACUCAAUCCGGAUGUUUAUACAGAAUAAUAGAUUUAGAAGAAUCCGAUAAAGAAACUAUCCAUUUGUUGGUGUUUUUGCUAAUGCAAUUUAUGUCGCGAGUUGAUUUGGCUUACCCAACGGACGAUAAACCAAUAUUAAAACAACAAACUAUAGUCCUUCGGCAUCUAUAUCUUUUAUUAGGCUAUAAUCAAGCAGAGAAAAUAUUUCACAUUCCUCCUUCAAGAUUACGCUUAUCCGCAGUGUUCUACUCAUUUAUGUCUAGUUUACCUCAAGUACUUGACCAAAACCACUUAAUGGGCUGGUUGUUGUUACCUAAUGUUAUACAAAUUCUAUUAUAUGCAAAUAAUCAAGGCAAUGGACUACUACAAACGGAGAGUGAUAUGAUGCCCAGUGUAGCUUACAAUUUUUCUCUAUGGUUCAUUGAGGGUCACGCCAGACGUAACUGGAUGAUUUCAUUGUUGGUCAUAUUAUACAAGUAUCAAUACAAUCUACCGCCCUAUGCAGACCAAAUUCAAAAUUUGAUACGAAUAAUAAUUAAUUCAUUAGACUCCCAUUUUCAUCAAUGUCGAAGAAUACCAGCCACGGUAGUAAUGGAUGUGCAAUCAGCCAGAUCAAGAGAUAUGAGUCAGCCUUCAUUAGAAACUGAACAGGAUGAUAAACUACUGGAAACGCCACCUCCGAGUCCCUUAUUUCUUUCAGAAGGCCCAUCUCAUGUGGUCGGGCUCUCAACACAGCACAAAACACUGAAGACAAAUCAUUUAGGAUACAGAAAAUAUCCCGACUCAAGUCUAGAAGUUGACGACACAGAGUCUGAACUAGUUGCUAUACCAGAAAGUGAUCUUUCUGAUAGUACAUUGCAAGGAAGUAGUGCUCCGGAAUCAUUAGAUGAUACUGUCCAUUUUGACGAAAUGUGUGCUACAAUCAAUCCGGAAAUCGUCAAACGCAAGCUAACGACACACGUAACAUCAGAAAAUUUAGCAAUUUCGGAGGUCACAUUAUCAACAAUUACAUCGAAAGAAAAAGAACUAUCAAAAAAUGUGCAAACAUUCCUAUCAGCUAGUAGUGGCAGUGAUAAAGCAGUUAUAGAUUCUAGCACGAACGAAGUUAGUACACAUAAACUGUCGUCAGCAACACUUGCAAAAUGCUCAGUACAAGAAGGUGUCAGAAUGAUGGUAACUUCGUCAAUGCUAGGGCAACCAAAAGUACAAGCAAUAUUGAAUCCUCCAGCGAAUGUACAAAAAGCUGUUGUGGUCACACAGAGUAUGGCUCUAGCAACCUGUAAAUCAAAAGAUGUUUCAGUCGGAAAGGCAUGCUUGGUGCAGUUUAAAAACAAAGAAACAGGGGUAACACGUAAGCAAAAUAUGCCGAAACCAUUGACCACUAGCAAUGAACCAUCAUGGUCCGAGGAAAGGACUGUGUCUCCUGCACUGAAAACACUCGGACGACAAAAGCGUAUUAUUGAACCGAGUCUGACACCAGCAAGUACACCAACAUCGAACAAUGGCACUUCUCAUGACGAUGGACUUGAUGCAGGGCUAAAAAUGUUUCAUGAAAGCCAAGUUAAACAGUUCGAAUUAAAAUACAAUUAUGCCUCACCAGAAACACCCCUAUCAAAAAUGGACUUAAGGAUUCCUUCACCAAAUGAAAGUAGUGACGAUUUACUUUACCUCAAAAGUAUAUCGCAGCUAGAAAUACCCACACCAGAACGUUUAUUACCUAUAGGUCAUCUUGGUAAAGAAAGUAUCUCAGCACUAGCCGAUAAAGUACGAGAGGUUCUAACGAUUCCUGAUAUUAACCAUUUGAAACAUAAUAGUUUCUAUAAGUCGGAUAGUAACGAUAUCAAUAGGGAGGAUUUAAAUAAAAAUACUUUAGCAACAUCUCCAAGAAGACUAAUAAAACAAGUAGCGUUAGAAUCACCAUCACAAAUCGAUCAUAUUCAUCAUACAGAAAUACGGAGUUUGUCGGCUGAUGUGAAAAUGGAUGAUAUACGAAAAUAUGACUUUACAAAAAUAUCCAAGCAACGUUUCUUGAAAGUAGGUCCAUUUGCAAUUGGAUCAAUCAGCUCUGAUGAAAAAGUACGAUAUGCGGGAUUGUGGGCUCCUUACAGUAAGGAAGAAUCAGAUGGAGAAGAUACCCAAUUUGGAAGCAACGUUAGCUCAGAAAAACCGAACGCAUCAAGAAUUGGAGACGACUUUAUAUGCGAGAGAUGUGCAGAAUGCGGUGCGGUUAAGGAGGAAUACGCAGAUGAAGAAAUGGGUUUAAUGUUGAUUAUUGUGGGUACAUUCAUCCAUCGCGAGCCUGCUUUAGCUGCGCCAUUUUUGCCUGAAAUACUAAGAACUGUAUCCAGAGUUGCUCUAUAUUCUACGUUUCCAUGGCAAUGUGAAAGUUCCACUCACUUACCAGGUGGGUCACAAUCAGUAGCCCAUCAAUUUAUUCGUUGCGUAUUACACCAGCUGACUCCAAACGGUGUAUUUUAUCAAAUAUUCCUUACGCAAGCAAAUGAAACUGCGAGAAAAAAAUUCUUUAAAAGUAUUACUGCAAGCUUAUCGGAUUUUACUGAAUUAAAUCCAACAAGUCCAAUUCAGUUGCUAGUGGAAACUUUGAAUUCUAAAAAAUCACUUCCCGUAGAUAUACUCCCAAUUAUUCUACGCAAUUUAUCGGAGUAUUUGCAAUGUGUAUCUAUCGAUGCAAUAGGUGGUACUAUAUGGUCGACCGUAGUUCAAGGAAUUGAUUGUCUUUUCAGACGAAUUGUUUUUAUUCUACCAAGCUUAGACGACGCAGGGAACUUAUUGAAUAUAAUGACAUCAAUACUCAAAGUGCCGCUGCUCUCAAAGAAUGUGCUGGAACCAUUCUCCAAAAUACUAAGUUUUGGAAUACAGAAUCUCAAGCUAACUAAUAAAGUGCUAGUAGAUCUAUGCUAUUUGAAUAGUCGAGCAUUUUCCAAAGAACGAGAUAAGCUGCAACUAUGCAGACAAGUUGUUUUCGAAUUGGUACAAGCCCUUAAGUUCAAGACAAACAUCCCGGAUAAUAAUAUAUUACUACUGGUCGGCAUUUUAUUACAAGAUGCUGGAGGCGCUAUGCCACCUGGCAUUAUUGAAGACUAUUUCAUACCAACAUCGCAAUUCUCCUGCAAUAUAGCUGAAUGCAUGCGUCAAACGUAUAUAAAUGAUAUCAUGGAAUUUUUGGCAGAUUUUCAUACACUCAGUAAAGUAAAAAAUUUUAGGAAUGGCGCCAUAGCAUCUGGAUUAAGUGAAGAUACGUUAGGUGGAGUAUUGAAGGGAGCUAUUGCUCAAUAUCUAGCCCUUGAAAUGUCACGUGGGAAUUCGAGAGACAACCGAGCAAUUACAAGAUAUCUCCCGUGGUUGAACAACGCUCCAUCAUCCUUGCAGCAAGGUCCAAAGGAAUUCACGGAAUGCGUUGGACAUAUGCGCUUAUUAUCAUGGUUACUGAUGGGUUCACUAACGCACACUGCAUUAAUGGGAAAACGUGGCGGGCAAAUCGGACAGCACGGAGCUACUAUUCAUUACCAUCUACAACAACCAGUUGAUACUAUUGCACAGCCUGUGCCACAGGAGUCAAGCUGUCACAUAGCUGACCAUAUCCAAGUAAUUUUUGCUGGAUUCGCCGAGCAGUCAAAGACAUCGGUUUUGCAUAUGUCUUCGCUUUUCCAUGCAUUCACUCUUUGUCAACUAUGGACAGUGUACCUAGAGCAGACAGCUUGUUCCGCGGCACCGUCUGCUGAAUCGUAUAAUAUUACAAUGGGCAUUUUAUUUGAAUUUUGGGCGAAAGUGACACCUUGCAUACUGCAACUAGUUUCCCAUUCUAAGCUCUCUGAAAGUGUGAAUCUUCACUUUCUCAGCUUGCUCGAGGCAUUGAAAGAAACUCGUUCUACAAUAUUAGCCAAACUACUACCAAUGUGGACUCCGGUUCUCUCUUCCAACACACAGCUAUCCGGUACUCUACAUGUUCGUCUACAAAACUGUCGUGAUGCCGUUCCAAACGCAACCGAUCAAGAUUUGCAUACUUCUGAAAUGUUACUUAGGUGGCUUCAGCGACUACAAUUUAAAAUGGGUCAAAUUGAAUUACAAUCUUCUACUGCCACACAGUUCUACUCUAUAUAAUCUAAAACAUUUAAAAAUAACUAAUUUCUUCCUCAAUAAUACUAUAUUGAAUAAUUGUAAUAAAUAUAUGAAUAAAAACUAGUGUGUGAG